AUGAAGCUAGUGUCCUCGCUCAAUGCCCUUCUCCUGCUAGCCUCCUCAGUCUUAUCAGCACCAUGGCGUGAAGAUCUCGUCGGAUACAACCUCAAUGUCAAUCGCAAUGCCCAGUCCGUUCUCGAGUACGACUCCGAGCCAAGGAGGAACUACACUCCUUCCCCUCAAAACUGGCGCGCCCUACCCACUUAUACAAUCCUCAUGGAUAAAUUCGCGGAUGGCGACCCAAGCAACAACGACUACUUCAAAUCACCUUACGAGACGGACUGGCGAGAAACACAACUGCGCUUUGGUGGUGACCUGAAAGGACUAGAGGCCAAGCUGGACUACCUCUACGGCAUGGGUGUUAGGGUCAUCUACAUGUCCGGUACACCCUUCCUCAAUAUGCUAUGGCAAGCCGACAGUUACUCCCCCUUGGACUUUAGCGUAUUGGAUCCUCAUUGGGGCAACAUCGACGACUGGCGCCACUUCCUUGACGCUGUACAUGCCCACGGGAUGUACUUCAUGGCAGAUUUGACCGUUGGCACCAUGUCGGACCUGAUUGGCUUCGAGGGACAUCUCAACGUCAGCACACCGUUCAAUCUGAACGAGUAUAACGCCAUCUACAAACGUCCCAACUAUGCUCCUUGGGGAUUCGACGAGUAUGCUGAUUUCCAUACCGGAUGUGACAUUGCCAUACAGAUCAAUAACGAGCGGGAUCCCAACUGCAAGAUGCCUGUUAUGUGGAAAGAAGAUGGCGAACAGGUAGAGAUCAAGACGAAUGGCUGUAUGGAUUCCGAUUUCGAUCAGUACGGAGACAUGGAGGCGUUCGGUGUCCACCCGGAUUGGCAGCGUCAACUAUCCAAGUUCGCUUCAGUCCAAGACCGUCUUCGUGAAUGGCGUCCAGACGUAAUGGAACGCAUUCAAGUCUUUGCCUGCAUGCUCAUCAAGGCGCUGGACAUUGACGCGAUUCGAAUUGACAAAGCGACUCAAGUUACUGUGGAAGGAAUGACCGCCUGGGCUGUCCACACCCGUGCAUGUGCCAAGGAGUUGGGCAAGAACAACUUCUUCAUCGCCGGCGAGGUCACUGGUGGUGACACCUUCGGUUCCCUCUAUAUCGGUCGAGGUCGCACACCUACACAGCGCCCUGGAAGUCCGCUAGUCGCUUUCAAUCUGACCCACGACGACAGCUACUUUUUGCGUGAAUACCCAAACAGUGCGCUCGAUGCAGUCGCGUUUCAUUAUUCCAUUUAUCGCAAUUUUGCCCGGAUUCUCGGAAUGGAUGGAAACCUCCAGGUUGCUUUCGACACUCCGGUCAACUUGGCCGAUGCUUGGAACACUAUCUUCACCAGCAACGACAUGCUCAACGCUGAGACCGGAGUGUUCGAUCCUCGCCACAUGUAUGGAACCAGUAACUUCGAUGUUUUCCGCUUCCCCAGCUUGGAACAUGGAACGCUACGAAGCUCAUUGGGUACGUUCCUGGCAUCCCUGGUCAUGCCUGGCAUCCCCCUUUUGUACUACGGCGAAGAGCAGAACUUGUAUCUGUUCGAUAACGGUGCAUCCAACUAUCUCUACGGCCGUCAAGCAAUGACCAGCACGCAGGCCUGGAAACGCCAUGGUUGUUAUACUUUGGGUUCCGAGCAGUACUUCAACAUGCCUCUAGAGCGUGCUCUGACGGGAUGUCUCGACGACUGGAACGCACUCGAUCACUUCGACCCGACGAUGAACUCUCGUCGCAUGUUUUCGCGUUUCUUCCAACUGCGAGAGCAGUACGGGGCCCUUCAAGAUGGUUUUGUAUUGACCCAGGUCGGGAACUGGACGUAUUGGAUCCAACGCCCUGGUUCGAACAACACUGGCACCGAAAUGGGUCUGUGGUCUAUGCUUCGCAGCGACAUGCCCGGCCAGACGCUUGGAGGAGAGUCGCAGACACCCGUCGCGCUUCUGUACACGAACGAGAACACGACCCAAACGUACACCUUCAAUUGCAAGAACAGAAGCCCUCCACCGAUCGUCAUUGGUCUCCCCAUCGCCGGCGUCACCACCGUCCGAAAUCUCUUCUAUCCCUAUGAGAACUACACGCUUCAAGCCUCCACCCAUACUCUCUACGACGACGGAAGAACCUUCCUCGGCUGCAUCCCCUCCAUCGAGAUGGAAGCCUAUAGCUUCAAGGCCCUCGUUCCUAUCUCUGAGUGGAGACCACCGACGCCUGCCCUCACCAAGUUUACCCCAGGGCACGAUUCGAGGAUUCUAGUUUCCGAUGGGAACGCCACCAGCAUACCCAUUAGUCUAGAGUUCAACACUAUCAUGGAGUGCGAAAGCGUUACGAAUAGUGUGACGAUCGAGGUCCAAUCUUCAGGCCGAGGGGGUACAGUGACACGGUCGACACCCCAGUGCGCUCCAGUCACCAAUCCAGAUCCUAACCAACUUCCUGGUGGUGACGUAUCUGUCUGGUCAUGGUCUACCACCUUGUCCAACGUCCCCGACGGCGUGAUUGUGAUCACCAUCGACCAUCCUGCAGCAGCGGGUCAACCCGAAUUCACGACAAAUGCCAUUGAUCGUGUGAUGAUCCGCAAAGGCGAUGCGUCCAAUGUCAUGGUUUUCCCCUUGAAUGACUAUGACAAUGAUGCUUUCACUCUCACUGAUGGACAAUACGUCUUUACGCAUAAGGCCCUGGGCGCGGAGAGGUUCAGAUAUAGCGGAGACUUUGGUCUGAGCUGGUCGGAUUGGGCGGAUUGGGAGGAUACCACUACGAUUGAUCGCGACGUCUUCUACGACGACAAGAACGUCUGGGAUGGUGCUCAUAUCAUCGUUCAAUACUGGAGUAGCGCAACCAUGUCCACCGCAGCGGUUGUCCACGCCGACCAUGGAUGGAAAGGCGGUCAACGUCGUGUCCCCCAAUUCAUGGUUCGAGGACCAUUCAACACCUGGGGAUACGAUCAGGGUAUCGACCAUAUCAUGGAGCUGAAUGAUGAGGGCAAGUGGGAACUCAAGGUCAUGUCCUCAUGGCCGACCUACAUGCAGCUCAACGUUUUCGACUUCAAUGAUUACUUCUACGGCGAUGCCGACGGUGACGGGGUUCUCGACCGAUUGCCGCCCAACACCGUUGCUCCCAACUACGUCAACCUUUCCGCUCCCCCGUACCCCCACUUGUCUUGGUCGCUCAUCGUUGACGACUCCGGCAUGACUUGGUCGUUGAAACCUCACGGCCAUGCUAUCGUUGGCGCGAUCAUGUACGCUCUCCUCCUUUCCAUCCCCCUCAUCACUGGCACAUUGGCCGUUAUGGUCUUCAUGUGGACCUUCUACGGGAUCAAGCACAACCGCUACGGUGUCAAGGCCAAGAACAACACCAACUACUUCCCUAUCCUCGGUGCUUUGGGCAAGUCCGGUUCGGAGGGAAAGGAUAACAAGUCGAUGAAGGAGAAGGUGUUCGGUAGGCCUAAGAUGAACAAAGAAAUCAUUGGUUGGCCCGAAGACAAGAACAAGCGACGCAAGGUUUUGAUUGCCACUCUGGAAUACGAAAUCAUUGACUGGAAGGUCAAGGUCAAGAUUGGUGGCUUGGGUGUCAUGUCGUCCCUGAUGGGUAAGGCGAUGACGGAUGUUGAUCUCAUCUGGGUUUGCCCCAAGGUCAAAGACAUCGAUUACCCCGCAGGCGAACCCGCCGAUCCUAUCGAGGUCAUCAUUUUCGGCGAGCCGUACCUCAUCGAAGUCGAGACCCAUCAGUUAGACAACAUCACCUAUGUCAUCCUGGACAGUCCUGUUUUCCGAGCACAGACUAAAUCGGACCCUUAUCCCGCUCGCAUGGACGACCUGAGCUCUGCCAUCUUCUACUCCACCUGGAACCAGGCUAUCGCUGCCACGAUUCGACGCUUCCCUACCAUCGACAUCUACCACAUCAACGACUACCAUGGCGCUCUAGCUCCCAUCUACCUCCUCCCCAAGGUCAUCCCGGUCUGUCUCUCCCUUCACAACGCCGAAUUCCAAGGUCUCUGGCCCCUUCGCACCAAAGAAGAAAUGAAGGAAGUCUGCUCGGCAUUCAACAUCAGCAAAGAACACUGUACCAAAUACGUUCAGUUUGGUAAUACGUUCAACUUGCUUCACGCAGCUGCCUCCUUUAUUAGCGUCCACCAAAAGUCUGUUGGUGUUGCUGGUGUGUCCGACAAAUAUGGCAAACGGUCUUGGGCCCGGUAUCCUGCACUUUGGACACUCAAGCACGUCGAUUCGCUGCCCAAUCCCGAUCCUAGCGACAUCGCCGCUCUGGACGAGAAACCCGUCAAGGCAAAGGAAGUUCAAAUUGAUCAAGAGGCAGAGGCUCUUCGACCUGAACACAAACGUCAAGCACAAGAAUGGGCUGGGAUCAAGCAAGACCCUAAUUCCGAUUUGUUCGUGUUCGUCGGACGUUGGUCAAAGCAAAAGGGUGUCGAUCUCAUCGCUGAUGUUAUGCCCUCUCUCCUGGCCAAGCGUCCCAGUAUCCAACUCAUCGCGGUCGGUCCUGUCAUUGACCUCUACGGACGGUUCGCUGCGGAGAAGUUGGCUCGACUCAUGGAGAUGUAUCCUGACCGAGUGUUCUCGAAGCCCGAGUUUACAGCUCUUCCCCCAUACCUGUUCAGUGGUGCCGACUUUGCUCUGAUCCCUUCUCGAGAUGAGCCUUUCGGUCUAGUUGCUGUCGAAUUUGGUCGCAAGGGUGCCCUUGGUGUUGGUAGUCGCCUCGGAGGUUUGGGUUUGAUGCCUGGCUGGUGGUUCCCUGUCGAAUCGAGCGCGACGAAUCACAUGUUGUCACAAUUGACCAAGACAAUCAAGUUGGCGCUCAAGUCGACGGAAGAAGAGCGAGCGGUUCUUCGUGCCCGGUCUGCAGUUCAACGAUUCCCUGUCGUUGAAUGGCGUCAACGGAUGGAAGAUUUCCACAAACGCAGUAUCAACACCAGUCGCGGCCUUGCUGGAGCGAACGCGUGGCGGGAAUCUGAUUGCGAUGGCUCUGGCCUUCGGCCUGUAGCUCACACCGGAGACUGGGACCCAGUGGAGCAAGCUCAGCCUACGCAACCUGAGUGGGACAGUCGUAGCAUGCGUAGCUUCAACGAUGGAGCGUCUACUCCUAUGACACCUGGAUCACCUGCGGCCUGGAGUCAAGAGACGCUCAGUCAAAGGAAUGGGUACAACGCAGAGGGUGAUGACUACUUCGCAAGUCAUGGUCGAGGAUCAAGUUAUGCCGGCACACCCAACAGCAAUGCGGGAGACUUUGGCAACUUCCUCGAACGGGCGAAUCGUACAAUUGGCCGUGAUCAGCGUCAUGCUCCCGAUCCCUUCUUGGACGGUGGACUCAUGCCCAACAGGCCUUUCGGUUCUCAUUCCCGCGUUUCAUCCGUCGAAUCGAUCUCGUCCAUCGUUGAAGAAAAGUCAAACUCGCCUUUGAACAAAGCCAUUGCCUCGUUCACCGACGCCGAUGGUGGUGUUGCGGCUGAAUUCGUUCAAAGGCUUCAGCAUCUCGAUUCCAAGAACUCGGAGACAGAGUUGUCGAUCGAGAAGUUCUUGAUGAAGAGCGAGGAAGCAUUCUUUGGCAAGGUCAAAAAAGAGAAGCUGUCGUCCAGCGCUGCAAGUCUAAGGUCAUCUCACCGAGACCGGGAAUCUGUAUGGGGCACUCCUACACCAUCGUUGUACUCUCGCCCAGAGUCUCCCAACACGGCGAUGUUCCAGCCAGACUAUGAUGGUGGCUUCAUCGACCCCUCGCAGCCAGACGGACCACCGAUGACCAGACUUCAGAUUGCGCUAGCCCGGGAGAUUCUUGGUUGGCCGCUCUACACGAUCAUCAUCGCCCUCGGGCAAAUGUUGAGUGCAACCAGUUUCCAAAUCACCCUCUUGUCCGGUCGAAGUUGGUCGAGCGAUGUUCAACUCUACAUCAUCGCUUCGGUAUUCUUCGCGGCGUCAGCCAUGUGGUAUCCUCUCUUCAGACUAAAGCCGUCUGUCUACGUCCUCUCUGCUCCCUGGAUCUUCUUCGGUUUGGCGUUCUUCAUGAUUGGCUUGCCUACUAUCCACCCCGCCCUUGCCCCAGCUCAUUAUGCCUUGUCCAACGCUGCAACGUGGUCUUACGCUGUCGCUUCGGCUGCUGGAUUCUUGUUCUUCGGCCUCAACUUUGGUGAAGAAGCAGGUGCGGCAACUGAGGUCUGGACCCUCCGAGCUUGCAUCGUGCAAGGUUCGCAGCAAAUCUGGGUCGCCGCUUUGUGGUACUGGGGUUACUCUUUGAACGGGCGGGAGGACGGCUACAUCCCACCCUGGUACAUCAUCUUAGCUGUGUGGCCCCUUGCCAUCAUGAGCUUCCUCUUCGCGUAUCUCAUGCUCUACGGCUUGCCCGAUUACUACCGACAAGCUCCUCCCAAGGUUCCUGGAUUCCUAAAGACCAUGUUCCGUCGUAAACUCGUUGUGUGGUUCUUGAUCUCUGUUGUAUUGCGGGAUUACUGGCUCAGCACUCCCUAUGGUCGCAACUGGACUUUCCUUUGGAACGUACCUAUUCCCAAGUGGCAGACCUUCAUUCUCGUCAUCGUUUUCUUCGUUUUCGCCUGGGCCGCGAUGAUGCUCGUCCUCACGCAUUUCUCGAAGACCCACACUUGGUUGUUGCCGAUAUUCGCUGUCGGACUUGGAGCACCGAGAUGGUGUCAGAUGUUGUGGGGUACAUCUUCGUUGGGCCUGUAUGUGCCUUGGGGUGGUUCGGCUGGCCCGUACCUUAGUAUCUCUCUUUGGCUUUGGCUCGGUGUACUUGAUGCCAUCCAGGGCGUUGGCCUGGGUAUGAUCCUUCUUCAGACCCUGUCCCGACUUCACGUUUGCGCUACGUUAGCAUUCGCUCAGAUGAUUGGUUCACUUUGCGUGAUCCUAGCUCGCGCAACUGCACCGAAUAGGUUGGGGCCUGGUACCGUCUUCCCUGAUGCUUCGAAGUGGACGCCUUCGGAAGGAUGGUCAGAAAGUCCUAUUGCCUUCCCGCUCUUCUGGGUGGCACUGGUAUGCCAAAUCAUCAUUGUCUUGGGUUAUUUCUGGUUCUAUCGCAAAGAACAGCUCUCACGCCCAUAA